ACGGAACAUUGUUCCUAUUUUUACUGCUUAUUGGAUAUGUUACCAGUCAGGAAAUGAUGGCAAUGAGUGAAACCACAUCAGAGCCAUUUUUGCCAACUACAGUAACGAGUGAAGAUGAAAAUACUUCAUCUGUUCCUACCACCAUGAUCAACAUAGAAAAUACAAUAUCAACCACAAUGGAUCCAUUAAAAGUACUGCCUCUAGAACAUUUAAAUAACUCAAAAACCGAAUCACCUCGAGACAUCAAUGUUACCAUAGAAGCAAAUUCACAAGAAACAUCAUCAACAUCAAUAACAACAGAGUCAACGUUGUCGUCUACGUCUGACUCGGUUGUGUUGGGAGAAAAUGAGGAGGCAACUACAGAAACAACGACAUCAAAAUCAAAUUCCUCCACUAUGAAAUUGGAAGAAAUUGAAAAUAAGAUGGAAAGUAAAAGCGUAGGCAGCAGUAGUGAUGAUGAUAGUACCAUUGUACAAACUACGACAGAGGCAAAGGUAGCUGAAACGAAUACACAAUCAACAUUUGUCAGUAGCAGCAAUGUCACCCCCUUACAGCAAAUGCAAAAUAUUGAUAUUACUACAAGCGGAGACAAAAGUAGCAAGAUUGAAUUUGGUAAUAAUGAUAUGCAAACAACAACAAAAGCAAUUUCUGAGAAUCCAGAUACCAAAAUAGAUGAAGACGAUAAAGAAAGAGGAACUACACUUGUGCCAGAUGAAAACGAAUUGAAAGUAACAACUACGAUGAAAAUAAGUGAUGCCACUGAGUCACCUGUCGAUGUAACACCGAAUAUUAAAGAAGGUAGAGCCAUUGAUUUAUCUACGGUCCAAAUGGAUUCCAACAGCGGUAAUGAAACGACAAACACAAAUUCCACAACAAAAGAACAAUCAACAGAAAAUAUGCUGGAAGCAAUCAAGCAGUCCACUGUCACAGAAAAAUUACAUAGCAAUGCUACAGAUAGUACUCAGAUUCCUGUGUCCGAUGUCGUCGAAACUACCACCAUGCACAAUCAGCGUGAAGAAUCGACUGUUGAUUCUGUAACACACCACAAUGAGCAUUUUGAUGAUGAUCACUCAUCUCGGUCGCAUCUUGAUACCGAAAGACAGCAGGAUAUCAUAUCAGAUGAUAUUUGUACAAAAAGCGGAAUUUUGUAUAAGGUCGGCGAUGUUUAUGAUAACAAUUGUGAGCAAAAAUGUGAAUGCGAAUACGGUGGCAAAUGGAAAUGCGAAGAUAUCUGUCAGAAACCAUUAAUAAAACGUGGACAAAAAAUUGACGAUCCAUCUUGUUCAGUAAAGGAUUAUGAUGAUGAAUGUUGUGACAUGAUGGUAUGCAGUGGUGAUAACACUACUAACGUGGAAGGUUUAAAAAUAGUGGAAAAAUCUCGAGCAUUCUCAAUUGAUGAUGUACAACAAAUGUUGGGUAACGAAACCAACAAUAGUACCGAUGUCCCGCCAUCCGUUCUGCCGCUCGUUAAAUGCAACUACAACAAUCGUACGUAUGAGGUGAACACGCGAAUUGAGGAGGGCUGUGAAAAAGUGUGUGUCUGUCAAGCAAACACCGAAAUGCUUUGUACCCCACGAUGUCCACCUACAAAAAUGCACGAGAGCUCCGAUCGUUGCGUAAAAGUGAAAGACCCCAAUGACGCGUGUUGCGAAAUUGAAUAUUGCGAUGUCACUUCCGAUGACGACCAUGAACAAAGCGAGGGAGAAAGCAAGUCCAAUACAUUGUCGACAACGGAGAAAAUUACCGGAGCAACAAAUUGUGAGUACAAAGGAAAGACACAUGAACUUGGUGCUCAAUUCUAUGAUGAAUGCGAGUCUUUUUGCUUCUGUGAUGCCAAUGGAGUCCAUUGCUCCAAAAUUGAGUGUCCGUCAACAUUUGGUUUAGACGUAUUAGACCCACAUUGUCUCAAAUGGGAGCCGGAACCAGCCACAUUUAGAGCAAUAGCUCCUAAAUGUUGUCCAGAACGCAUGAAAUGUGUCGAUAACGGAACUUGCGAAUACAAAGGUGAAUUUUUCGAUAACUGGACAGAAAUUCCGAAGAAUAUUACAGGCUGCGAAGAACAUUGUUUCUGUGAAAUGGGCAAGGUCGACUGUCGUCCUGCUUGUCCUCCAGUACCAGCUCUGCCUCCUGCCAGUUUACCUUGCGAUCCCCGAGAUGCUCGUUUGGAUUUCCUUCCAGACGAUGAUUGCUGCAAAUAUUGGAUUUGUAGUGAAAACGAUGGAAACGACAUAAAAGAAUUUACAUCGGAACCGGGUAUUUUCUUGCCAACAAAGUCACCCAAAAUUCAUUUUACUGACAACAAGGAAGUGAAGAAGCAAGAAGAAAAAGGCGAAGGAUUCUUCCCAACAAUUGAUGGCAAACCACCCAAAAACACGCACAAGAAAUAUCCAAAAGACUCCAAAGAUGAGACGAAAAAAGACGGCAUUAACAACGUAUAUUUAAACAACAAUCACGAAGACAAAUACAGCAUUCACAAUUAUGAGGACAUAAGAGCCCCAGUGCCCGGGCAUCCUGGACCUGGUUACUUUAAUCCAGAUACUAGCAAGACGCAGUACCAGGGACAAAUGCCAUAUGGAAAUGAAAAUUCGCAAGAACAACAACAGAACUUCGAUAAGGCUAUUCCGCCGGAGCUGUACAACGUUUUUGGAAUUUCACCACAACAUCCAUUCCGUAUUGAACAACUACUUCAACACAUCCAGGGUGCAGAUCAGAAUCAAGGACCUGGCAGUCAAAAUCCCACAGUUUACAUACAUACGGGACAUCCAGCACCUAAUUUUAAUCAAUUUGGUCAAGUGCCACCCGCCACUCAUCCACAGCAUCCUCAUCAAACUGCACAAGUUUCAGGUCAGGGCUUCAAUCCAUUCAACACACAAAACCUCUUACAAAGUGACUUGGAAGUUACUUCCAUUGAGCCAGUGGACCCUCGCACAAUCCGUAUCAUUUUCGUUGUUCCCGAAGUGUAUAAAAAAUGGCAAGGUCAAGUCGAACUAAGAUACACAAAGACCAAAGACACCAACACCUCAACUUGGGAUACCCAAGUAUUUGCUCCACCCGGCGACAUUAUCGAAACCACUCAAUUGGAGUUUGAACUACCAAAUCUGGAGCCUAAUACUGAAUAUCAAAUAAAAAUAUACCUCAAAUUAUUCCAUUUGGAUUCGCGUCCAUCAAGUAAAAUCUACACGGUGCGAACUCCUAAAUUAAAGGGUAUGCCAGACUUCAGGCCGAUUGACACCACACACGUUUCGCCAAAGCCGAUGCUCGAAGCAAUCGAUGACCCCGAUCUGAAAGCAGCUGAGAUAAACUCAACAUGGGUGAAAUUCACGUGGCGCAAGCUGUUAGACGAUGAAUUAGAAUUGAUUGAUGGCAUUCAAUUACGAUACAAGGAAUGGGAUGGUAUGGUUUAUGACGCGACUCCUUUGAUUCAUAGAACACUGACAAGUUACACUUUGGAAAAUUUAAAACCACAAACAAAUUACGAAGUUGGCAUAUUUUUCUUCCCAUUCCCUGGACACGGUGACGAGAUUCGUGGCGGAGAAAUGUUACGUUUCACCACAGAUCGCCUGCCAAAUCCAUUCGAGUUCGAUGUGGUCGUGAACGCGACUAAAAUUAAACAGACCAACAUUGAAAUUACGUGGUCAGGUGUGCCAUAUCCUGAAGACAAAUAUGUGAAUAUUUAUCGCGUAAUUUACCAAAGUGAUAGUGGCAAAGAAGAUUCAAGCGUUUUCAAAGUUGCAAAACGUGAUUCUACUACUGGCACAUUAAUUGCUGACUUAAAGCCAGGUACCAGAUACCGCCUAUGGAUUGAAAUGUAUUUAACGAACGGCAGCAUUAAGAAAAGUAACGUAAUUGAUAUACAAACUAAACCGGGAAAUGGUCCAAUUGCAGCAAAAGCAGGAAAACUGCAAAACGCAGGCAUAAUUGAUACGGGUAGCGGUGAAUAUUAUGGUCCAUUUGUCGUUGCAGCUUGCGUUGCUGCUCUCGCAAUCGGAACAACUCUUGUACUUUUGUUGAUAUUUACACGAAGGCGUGUACAGAGUGCUGCAAUUACACCUCCUCGAAAAAACGAAGUGUCCUAUGAUAAUCCUAGUUAUAAAGUAGAAAUUCAACAAGAAACAAUGAAUCUAUAG